CGUGGAGGACCUUGAAAACACUGCUUAAAACAUCGCCGCAUGAUUGUAAAUAAAGAGACAAGAUUUUAAGAAAUGGCAAGAAGAGUUAUAUAUCCCCUGUACCAGCUAGGUAACCCCCAGCUGAGACUUUUUCGUCCUACCUUCACCAUGACCCUUGUCAGACCAGGAAAGGAGCAGCCGCCAGAUACAGUUCAGUUUCGCAUACCUAUAGAAAUGACCAAAAUUGAUGUGAGGAACUACCUGGAGAAAAUCUACGAUGUGCCCGUUGCAGCAGUGCGCACCAGGAUCCAGUUUGGUUCAAAUAAGAAGAGGAACCAUCUAAACCAACGGGUGAAGAGACCGGAUUACAAAGUAGCAUAUGUUCAGCUGGCUCAGCAACAGACAUUUGAGUUUCCGGAUAUCUUCCCCAAGAAGGAUGCGAGUCUUGAAGAGGGGUCGCUGGAGGAGAUGCAGAAGAAGUUCAUGGAGGACGAGAGACAGAGGCAGAAACCAGAUCCCCGUAGAGGGGGAGUGACAGAAUGGUUUGGCCUCUAAUGUGAAUACACCCCACCACGGAGAGAUAAGACUUCAGUAUGAGUGUGUGUUCGAGAACAGCGUACGUGUGUGUGCGAGCAACUUCACGCAUGGUGACCUGACCCGAUCCGGUCCAUUUAAAUUAAGUGGCUCUUUUCCAAAAGUCUAGAGGGGCUUCUUGCUCCACUUCCCUCAGCCGUGACAACCAGCAGUGUCCCAGAGGCCACAUUGCAGUCCUGGUGUCUGCACUUCAGACGGUCACUCCUAAAGCCUAGACCAUUUCAUCAUUCACACUCUCU